AUGGUAAAAGGCCGGGCAGAGGCUUGCCAGGGCGGGCAGGGGAGGACUGCGCGGUCAGCGGGCAAGGGACGCGGGCUGCGGGCGGCCUGCGCACACGGCGAGGCUCAGGCGCAUCCCGUGGCCUUCUCACCCGCGCAUCUCGGGGGUGGCCACGUGCCGCUCGCGUUCCCGAGGAGCCGCGGGCCGGCCGGGGCCCGGAGCUGCAGUUUGUUCCGCGCUCGGGCCGGCCUUGUCCCUCCCGCGCCUCCCGUCCCCGGGCCGAGGCGGGUGGAGAUCUGUCGGCGGCCGCUGGCUUCUCUGCCCACAUUCCGAGGAGAAAACGUGCGGGUGCCGGGGAGAGGGGCUCGCUCUCGGGGUCCCGAGCGGCACCCCGCAGCCCCCGAGCCCCGAGCCCCCCGCGCGCACUGCCCCGCCCCUCCGCGCACGCGCACGCGCCGCUGCCGAGCUCCUCCGGCGGAAAAGCCUGCGGGUGCCCGAGGCGGCUGCGUCAGCGCGUCCCGCGGGGAGGGGGCCUCGCCGGGCUCACGUCACUCGUGUGCGACGUCGCGGGCGCCGCACACCAUGCUGUCCGCCGGGCGGCGAGGUCCGGCCUUCCUGCGGCUGCGGCGCCUCCGGAGGUGGCUGGGGCGCGGGGCUCCUCCGGCCCUGCGCGGCCUUGGGCAAGAGCCCCUGGAGACAGCGCGGGCGCUGUGCGGCGAACCUUCGGCUGCGCACGAGCCGGACGGGGAGGGACGGCGCGGACCGCCACGGAGGAAGGCUCCCGGCAUAGAGUCGCCUCCGAGUCUCGGUCCGCGCGCGCCAGGCCCCGGGAUCGGAUGUCUCUCCUCCGGGGAAAGCCUCGGGCUGCCGACGCCGCAGGAGGAGCCACCCUCCCGGGAGCGCGAGGACUCGAGCGGGGGCCCAGGCCAGCCCGGCCCCGCCCCCCGGGGGCCCCGGGGGCCCUUGCCGCCCUCUCCGCCCUCUCCGGCCCAGGCCGUGCCCCAGGUGGAAGGGCUCCCGGGCCCCUCUCCCUGCUCCGCAGCUUGCAGAGAGGGGCCCUUUCGCGUCGGGGAGCUCAUCUUGGCGGAGACUGGGAAGCGGGAAACACAGUUUAGGAAAUUAUUUAGGCUGAGUAACGCCGGACACUUAAAUAGUAGCUGGGGAGCGGUCCCGUUCAGCGAGAUCGUGGGGCGGCUUCCCGGCCAGAGGCUGAGGAGCUCCUCUGGUAAGCACUUCACGCUGAGGAGGCCGGCUUUGGAGGACUACGUAUUGCUGAUGAAAAGAGGCCCGGCCAUAACGUACCCUAAGGAUGUGAGUAUGAUACUGUUGAUGAUGGAUAUCCACCCAGGUGAUACUGUUUUGGAAGCUGGCUCAGGCUCUGGUGGAAUGAGCUUAUUUUUAUCCAAAGCAGCGACAGUGGCCUUCUCAGACUCACCAAGUAUCCUACAACCUCAGAGUAUUUGUAUUUGCUGUUCUGUCCAUCUGGAGUAUACUUCCCCCCUAAAUUUCCACAGGCCUGUAUUCUGCAAUUGGAUGAAGAAUAAAGAACUAAAGGUAGUUUUGGACAUGUUGAAUCCUCAAGUUGCUUUGCCUGUUUUAUACCCAAAUCUUAAACAGGGCGGUGUGUGUGCUGUAUAUCUAGCAAACAUCACACAGGUUAUUGAACUGUUAGAUGGAAUUCGCAUCUGUGAACUUGCUCUCUCAUGUGAAAAGAUAAGUGAAGUCAUUGUCAGAGAUUGGUUGGUUUGCCUUGCAAAACAGAAAAAUGGAAUUUUAGCUCAAAAAGUAGAACCUAAAAUCAACACAGAUUUACAAUUACAUUCUCAAAAGAAAAUUAGAAUUGAAGGUGAGAUGUUUCAAGAGGAUGACCAUGAAGAAUCGCAUUCUGAUUUUCCAUAUGGAUCAUCUCCUUAUAUUGCUAGACCUAUACACUGGCAAACUGGUCAUACAGCUUUUCUUGUCAAGCUGAGGAAGUUUAAACCACAACCUGAGUAGUACCUCAGAUGACAGCAACUGAUUGGAAGAUGAAAAAAUAUCAAAACAGAACUUUAUAUUGUGAAUCACUACUUCCAUAGAUUGGAAUUGUUAGCUUUUACUAUGAUUUGUAUAACUUUUACGUAUAAUUUUGAAAAAUAAUAAAAGCUAAAGUAAGAUGUGUAACAUUUCAAAACUGUUUAAAUGUCUCAUUUUGACACUUGUCUUGUAGUUAUUUUGACAUGUUGUAGUUAAUGAUUCCAAAUUGGUUUAGUUGAGCCAUCUCACUCUUCACUUCCUGUAAACCACUCCAUAGAUUUGUCUUUCUUCAUAAAAUUAGUUUUCUUUUCUUUGUUUGAUUGAUGGUCAUUGGCUACCAAAAUAAAAAAUGAUUUUAAGACAAAUUUUAUAUAUCUGUUUAUUUUAAGUACAUAUUUUAAUGGCUUGUAUGUAUUUUAAGAAGUAAAGUAAUCUGGAUUAUAGUAAAUAAUACGAAGAAAACUGAUAAUGAUAUAACCAUCUUAAAAAUUACAACAAAAGGUGUAAUUCUUGAAUCUCUUUUAUCCUUCUCAAAAUCAUUUUAACUAAUUUGAAAGAAUAUCAGAAUUAGAGGUUUAUUCAUAGGCACCAAUUACUUAGCAUCUACCCUACAUUGUUUUAAGAACUUAUUAUAAUGUUUUUUCAUUUAAUAUGUAUACCUCAUCUUUAAGGUUAUCCAUAUUUUACAGAUAAACAAAAACUUAAGAGUAGUUAUUGUUUAAAUAGAUGUUUUAUAGGUUUUAAAGGGUUAUACCUGGGAGAAUAAAUGCUGCUAUUCCUGAGUUUCUCUCUUAGGCUAGAGCUAUUUAAAAUAAUAUAUAUAUUCUAAAUAACACUUUACAUAUUUUUCAGUAUGUGGAAACUUUUAACAUAAAAUCUCUGCUUUUUUAUACUAUCAUCUAAAAAGAAAGUCUAAUUAGACAUUGAGUCAUAACACAAAUAGAAAACUAAAAUUGUUAUGAAUGCUCCAAAGAAGGACAGAGUACUAUAAUCCAGGGUUUUACUUUGGUUAAGUAAUUACCUAUGCAAGUGACAAUUGAGCUGUGAUCUGAGUGCUAAGUAGAAGUUGAUUAUAUGAGGGAAAAUGAGAACAAAAAAGGCCAGUGAUGCUGGGGUUGAGUGAAAGACUGGAAAAAUAGGUAGGGGUCAGGCCAUGCAGGACCUUAUAGACCUCUUAAGGAGUUUGUCUAUCCUAAGUAAAAUAGGGUCUCACUAAAGGAUUUAGUGAAGUGAGGGGUAACAUGUCCAGAUCUGUGUUUUGAAAAAAAAAAAAAAAAUCACUCUGGUUGCAUUUUUAGGAAC